AUGAACAAAGAGUCGGACGGUUUGGCAACGGCUGCAACCAACGUUCCCUCAGAUCGACUUCUUGCCACCAUGCUCUCGAAACGUGCAACCUCCGACUCCAAUGGCGGAACCAGUCCAAUCUUCCAUCUUCUGACAAGAUCUCCGUCAAAUAGUGCUCCCAGCUCGCCCUGGUUUACAGUGGAGUAUCUGUACGGAGAGCCGCCCGACUUGCGCUGGUCACUCAACAGCUUGUUGAACAUCAACAAUGGACCCUCGUUUAUGGACCCCAUGCCUUGGAUCUGCGGGACCUGCGACAUUUCGCCCAGCUUUCUGCGGUCCCAAAUGGCCAACGAGCCGUCCUCGCUGGCAGAAGCGAAAAAGUGGGGGUUGAAUGGAUCAACGUUCACAUGA